AUGACUGAGUGGGACAGUGGCUUAUUUGGAUGUUUCAGCGAAUGCGGCCUCUGUGUCGUCACUUAUAUCCUUCCCUGCUACACCUUCGGAAAAACCGCCGAAACCCUUGGAGAAAGUUGCUGUACCUACGCCCUUAGUUUGUUUGUUCCGAUUCUCAACAUGGUCUGCCUCGUAAAAGUCCGUGGUCGGGUACGUGAAAAAUAUGGUAUAGAAGGCGAUACGCUCAACGACUGUUUGAUGGUGUUUUGCUGCCCACUGUGUACUCUCGUUCAAGAGGCUAUACAAGUGAAGAACCCUGGGGGACAAUCGAUGAGCAGAGAAUGA